GUGACUCCGCAGCCAUGUUGGGUGAGAGGAAGCGUCCAGUCACCGCAGCAGAUGUGUUUUUCCGUAACUGAUAACGCUGGAUAUAAAUUUGUUGCUCGGUCGCCUUCAGAGAGUGAAUUUCUCUCGGACAGACCUCAACGCUGUGUUCGCGGUUUGACAGUGAAGCGGCGGAAGCAGAUCUGGUCUGGACGACAUGGCCUCUCGCAAAAAGGUGCUGCUUAAGGUGAUCAUCCUUGGUGAUUCUGGGGUUGGAAAGACUUCGUUAAUGAACCAGUAUGUCAAUAACAAGUUCAGCAACCAGUAUAAGGCCACGAUUGGCGCUGACUUUUUGACCAAAGAGGUGAUGGUUGAUGACCGGCUGGUCACCAUGCAGAUUUGGGACACAGCCGGACAGGAGCGUUUUCAGUCUUUGGGCGUGGCAUUCUAUAGGGGCGCUGACUGCUGUGUGCUGGUCUACGAUGUCACAUCUCCAAACACCUUUAAGACUCUGGACAGCUGGAGGGAUGAGUUCCUGAUCCAAGCUAGCCCUCGCGACCCUGAGAACUUCCCGUUCGUCGUGCUGGGAAACAAGAUCGACUUGGAGAACAGACAGGUUACUACAAAGCGAGCCCAGGCAUGGUGUCAAAGCAAGAACAGCAUCCCUUAUUUUGAGACCAGUGCCAAAGAAGCGAUCAACGUGGACCAGGCUUUCCAGACUAUUGCUCGCAAUGCACUCAAACAGGAGACAGAGGUGGAGCCGUACGAUUUUCCUGACCAGAUCAAGCUGAAAGACAACAAACCUCCUGCCUCAAACGACAGCUGCAGCUGCUGAGGGAGGAAAACGAAGCUAAUGGCAAGGAGGGACGACAGUGAUCAAGCAGAGACCGGGGCAGGGGGGGGGAAUAAAUGCAGCUAUCACCACCACCACCCUUGCCAUGUUUGUCUCCUCUUCUUCCUGCAAGACCUCCAGGAUUUGAAGAUCAUGUGAUGACAUCCCUUUCUUUCAAAGUCCCAUGCAACACCUGGCAUCAUGAAGCUACUUCAAGGAAGCGGGAGAGAACAACGUUCCUGCAGCAUAGCGAACCUUUUAAGAACAACUCCAGCUCUCAGUAUCACUACUCUGUCAAAGACUCACUAUGCCCUUUUUCCCCUUAAGCUUUUUUUUUUUUUUUUUUCCAGAUCAUUGUGCCUUUUGGUUCUACACUAUUCCAUGUGUCUAUGUAUUUCGAUGUUGAUCAUGCAUUCCCUACUGUAUAAAGUCCACCAGUGAUAGACAUGCAUGUCAUGAAUAUAUGAAAGGCAAUCGAGGACUCUGAAUACUGGCUUAACCAUGAGGUUGCUUAAUAAUGUACCGAAUGUGGUGCGAAUGGUGUUCACUAACAAUCCUAGCCACCUGCGAUCACGUUACACAAUUUUGACUUGUACACUAGAGGAUUUUGCAUUUACUUACUUGAUGCUGAUGCUUUAAACUUGGUGACACUAUCAGGCGAUCCGGUGCAUUUAGUUUAGGAAAAAACACGUAGAAGUGAGUCACACGAGAGGAAAAGCGGAAGCACAGAACUUUACCUGCAGCCAAGUCUUUUCAUUCAUUGCUUCUCCUUUCAUGUCUUUGUACAUUUACAUAUUGUACUUGUAUUAAUAUAUACACCUUAUAUCAGAGAACUUGUUUUAUAUUCCAGGAUGAAUAUGGCUUAAACAAGAGUUUAAAAAAAAAAACUUUGGCCAAAUGUGCCGUUGUAACUUGGUAGUGUAUAUUCUAAACCAAAUAAAGAUACAUUUACAACCAGA